AUGCAGGGAUUGAGGUGCGGGCUGGUGCAGGGACUGAGGCACGAGGGGAUAGCUCGAGGAUGGAACAUCGGCUUGGGGACAUGGCCACGGGAAGGUGGUGCGGGUUGGGGCCAGUGGUUCCUCCUUUUCGGCGAGGUCGAGGCCAACAAGGUUGGGGCGGCUGCAGGCAUGGUUGAAGCAUGGGCGUUGGGGCCGCGGGAUGUCGAAGCGCAGGGAAGGAGGAACCAUCGGGAGGGAGGUGCCGGGGGGGAUCGCCAGAAAGGAGGCAUCGGCAAGGGAGGGAAAUGCCAUACAGGCUCGGAGCCAUGGGAUGCUAGAGCGCAGGGAGGGGGAACCACUGGGAAGGAGGCAUCGGGGAGGGGGGGAUGGGACUGA